GGGAGGGGCGCAGGUCUGGGUCGAUGGCGGGGCCGGGACUGGCGACUGAGCGGGUGCCACAAGGGCCCCGGGGAUAGGCGGCUGAAGUGGGGGUGGCCAGGCGGGUCGGAGGGAGGAGAGCUGGGGUUGAGCUUUUGCCUUGGGCCAAGUUCGAGUCCCUUCCCUCCGACCUGUUGAGAGAGGAAAUGAAGGGGGGGGGGCGCCCAGGAGCCCUGCCCCCGGGAAUGGGAGGAAGGAGGCGGGAACCUGACUACGCCCCCCAUCUUUUCUCUAGGGACUUGGGGAAAUCCCGCCCCUCCCCAUAACACCCUCCCAGCCCGACCCGUGUGGGGCCUUGACUCUUAAUGGGGGUUUGAAGGCGGAGGCAGAAGGAGCUUCGAGAAACCAGUUGGCUCGGCGGAGGCAUGUUUAGAGAGAGUUAGCAAAGAUUCUUGGACUGCACAAAGUCUAUUCAAGGAAACGCAUUUAUUGAGCAUCCCCCUUCCCUGGCACUAUCUCUUUGCCCACACUUGAGUGACACAAGAUGCCCUUCAAUGGUGAGAAGCAGUGUGUGGGCGAGGACCAGCCAAGCGAUUCAGACUCUUCCCAGUUUUCCGAAAGCAUGGCUUCACUCAGUGACUAUGAGUGCUCCAGGCAGAGCUUUACAAGCGACUCUUCCAGCAAAUCCAGCUCUCCUGCUUCAACAAGCCCUCCCAGGGUUGUAACAUUUGACGAAGUGAUGGCUGCAGCAAGGAACUUAUCAAACAUGACACUUGCUCACGAAAUUGCUAUAAAUGAGAACUUUCAAUUGAAACAAGAUGCCUUCCCUGAGAACAGCUUAGCCAGUCGAGUGAAGCACAUUGUCCACCAGGCCUUCUGGGACGUCCUGGAGUCAGAACUGAAUGCUGAGCCUCCCGAGUACGAACAUGCCAUCAAACUGUUUGAAGAAAUCAGAGAGGACAAAUCUGUGGCCUUUUCACUUUCAGGUGCUCUUGAUCAAACUACAGAAUGGAUAAGAGAAUCUGUAAAUGAAGAACUACUUUCUCUUUCUGAGACUGCUUUAACUCCUGGGGCUGAAAACAGCUCUAAGCCAAGCCUGAGCCCUACACUGGUGCUAAAUAACAGUUAUUUAAAACUGUUACAGUGGGAUUAUCAGAAAAAAGAAUUACCAGAGACACUCAUGACAGAUGGAGCACGUCUUCAGGAACUGACAGAAAAGCUGAAUCAAUUGAAAAUUAUUGCCUGCCUGUCCCUAAUUACCAACAACAUGGUGGGUGCUCUUACAGAAGGCCUCCCCGAGCUUGCAAACAGGUUAAAAAGGAUUUCAGUUGUUCUACUCGAAGGCAUGAACAAAGAGACCUUUAACUUGAAGGAAGUCCUGAAUUCUAUCGGUGUUCAGACUUGUGUUGAGGUUAACAAGGCCCUGGUGGAGAGAGAUUUAUCCAUUUUAAAUGCUGAGGUCCAAGCUAAUCUCAUAGGUCAAUUUUCAAGCAUCGAAAAGGAGGACAAUCCUAUCUGGUCCUUGAUUGAUAAACGAAUCCAACUAUACAUGAAAAGCCUACUUUGUCUUCCAAGUCCUCAAAAAUGCAUGCCUCCCGUGCCAGGAGGCCUUGCCAUCAUUCAGCAGGAGCUAGAAGUGCUAGGCUCUCAAUAUGCAAACAUUGUGAAUCUCAACAAACAAGUGUACGGACCAUUUUAUGCAAACAUACUUCGAAAGCUGCUCUUCGGCGAGGAAGCCAUGGGGAAGGCGGAUGCCUCAUCUUCUAACUAAAGAGGAACUGACAUUGGAUGCGAGGUUGGAAAUCCAGCACUUUGGUACCCAGUCUGUUUCCACCAGGGGCAUUACAGAUGCAGCACAUUCUCCGUCCUGUUCGUGGUGCAGUGUUAGCCUGAAUUUGUGAAAUCCAGUAAUAUUAGCGUUGCAGAAAACAUGCACAUCGUAUAGACCCUAUUCAUGCAUAUUUUCAAGUUCAAAAGAGAUGUUUUUAAUGGACAGAAAACAAUUUGUAAUUAUAUUACCUAUAUAAUACUUGUAAGGUUUUCUUAAGUAUUCAUAUAUGGCUUAUUCAUUCAACCUUAAGGAGUUGUAUUUCCUCACUUGUCACUAUCAAAUCUAAUGAUUUUUAAUUUUGGUACAACUUCUUAAAGGGUUGGAAGUCGUGAGAAUAACCAAGGGGAUUGAUGUUCUGAAUAAAUGAUGUGAAGUAAGCAUAAUUGUAUUUGAAAUGUACAAUUAAAUAUUAUUAAUGUGUAAUAGAAACUUACAUAGUAAGUCUUCAAAUUCCACAAAUGUACCAAAUCACAUUUUAUAUUACCAAUUGUCAGUAUUUGUCUAGAACUUAAAUUUAUUAAAUAUUUUAAAGCUAUGUACAAAUUUUAGAUAAAACUUGUUCAUGUAGUGAAAAUAGAAAAAAAAAAAAUCCCUUCUAAAAUUUUAUUCUAGAGGUUGGUUUUUCUGCCUGCAAUUUAUCCUGCCCUCUGAGAGAAACAACUUUUGCACAAAUAUCUUAGUGAAUGUCCUUGCAUUUCUCAGGCCAUAGGUAAGGUUUAUAUAAGAUUUUGAUAUUUUUACAUAAGGCAGGAGUGGUUUGAAUUGAUUUAUUUAUAAUAAGGGAAGUUAACAAUAAAACCAGAUCCCCAGGAGAUCACUGUUCUCAGUGAAGUUCACAUCUGAAAAAGAAAUAGUUGAACUUUGGAUUUUUUUUUAACCAUAUAACUUGCUAGCAAAUGCCCCCUGUGUUGAUUAAAUUCUUACCCUGCUGUGACCAAGAUGCUCUUCUAAGUAUCAUUAUCAUUUGACAUUCUUGAGCAUUAAAGCAAAACUCGGCCAAGCCGGCACUGGCUGUCAUUGGGAUUUUAGAGAAAUCGGCUUGUCCUGGAGUUGAAUACUUCUUUUGAAAUGUUAAGGGAAACACUCCAGUCUGGGCAGACUCGGUCUAGAAAGUACUUUAUUCCCAUCAAACACAUUUUGGUUAUUUUGUUCUCUAAGGACUCACUGAAUCUUCAUAGUCUGGUGGGGAAGAGUGGGUAGGACGUAAAAAGGAGCAUUCCUUUCUUUCUUACCUCCUUUUCCUCACUAUGACUUCCACCAUUAUGGUGCUAAUUAUUUUAUAAAGUUCUAGGAAAUGAUUGUGUGGGUAAAUCACCUCCGAAGUUUACAUUUUGGAGGGAUCUGCCAAAAUUUGAGGAAAUUUUGAAAGUCCUUUUUUUUUUUUUUCUCACAAUGACCAAUAUAUAAAUCAGCCAUUCUAUCCAUCUGAGCAGCUGUGUAUAAGUAACUUUUCCUGAAGAGCACAUCACUGGUCUUACCCGUUUUCCGCCCCCUCUUCCUAUAUUUCCCUUCUGCCCGUGUAGUCCUGUGCUUAGAAACUAUAAGGUGCUGAAGAUUUUUGUUUUCAUUUUCACUUAAGUUGAAGUAGUUUUCAACUCUGUUCACUUUGGAGUAUGGGUGGCAGGGAGGGUCUGACAUGGAAAAGUAAUAUGUAGUGUGACUUCUUGUUGCUUUCUGAGGUAAACUGUAUACUUAACAGGAAGACCAGGUGGUGUACUUUUUUAUCAUCAGAUUGGAAUCCAGCUGGUAUUCUUAUAUACUUGAUUAUAUUGCAAUUGCCAGCAGGAAAACAAUGUGCAGACAUUUUUUUUAAAUGCAUUUUAAAUGAAGGGCAUUCUGCAGCUUUAUUUUUCCUUUUUUAAGUCCCAAAGUAAAUCUCAAUGUCUCAAGUCUGGAUUUAAGCAACUACAUUUAUUAGGAUUUUAAAAGCAUAUCCCUUAGCAUGUUGUUUUGUGUUUUGUUUUGUUUUUUUGUUUUGUUUUGUUUUACUUAAAUGUUUACUUCUACUUUUGAAGUUUUCUUAACGUGGUCUUCUUUUGUAAUGUCAAUUUUAUUAAACACCAUACACACAUUUUCAUUCUUCUGCUAAAACAUGUAUUGUGUGCACUAGUUAAAUUUUAAAACAUUAAAAAUUAUUUCAAGAUA